CUCGACCGUAAGGGUGGGGCGGAUACUUAUAUCGAUAAAUCCGUUUUACAGCUACCCCACUAACUCUCUGCUAUGAAUAAAUUUCCAUCCGGUUCACGUGUCUUCUUCUACAGUUCUACUGGUAACCUCAUGAAAGGAGUCGUAGAAUCUACGACUCAUGCGGCGAAUGGUACCCAAAUGAUCACUAUCAAGUGCGACAAUGGAGCGACCUUAACCUUACCAUCUGCAAGUGUGUUCAAGGAAUAGCUUCAGAA